UCUGCCUUUAACUGCUACCAGUCAUUUGCUUGCAUACAAUUGAAAACUCAAAUGUUGAUCUACUUAGGAAUGAAGGGAGCAGCCCAUCUGUACCUUAAGUUCAUAAUCGAACCACAUGCAUGCCCCUGCGCCAACUCUCUUGACAAACUCUGGUCAUUGGGCAGUUCCUCCCUUUCUUUCCUGUAUGUCCCAGACUAACCCCUGUUUUUUUUUUUCCUUGAGUUUGGAGUUUGAUCUCUCCAACACUGAGUGCAAUCUGAUACGGCAAAAUGUCACUCUCACAGACGCAUUGAGGGAUACUACAUGAGGUUAGGACAUGACAGCUACAGUGCCCCCACAGAACAGAUGCCACGAGAUGGGAAAACUCUCAGUGAGAAGCAGAAGUCCCUUUAACAGCAUCAAAUUCUUUGUGUUCUGCCAUGGGCUUCUCCAGCUUGCUCAGCUCCUGGUAUCUGGGUAUCUCAAGAGCUCCAUCUCCACAAUCGAAAAACGAUAUGGCUUCUCAAGUCAGAAGUCUGGCCUUCUGGCCUGCUUCAAUGAGGUUGGGAACACUAUUCUGAUCGUGUUCGUCAGCUUCUUCGGCAGCCGUAUUCACCGACCACGGUUCAUUGGGGGAGGGGCGCUCAUCGCCAGCCUAGCUGGCAUUUUGAUGGCCCUGCCCCACUUUAUCAGCGGGAAAUAUGAGUACAACCACAAUGUUCCGAACAGAGAGGAAAACAGUCUUUGCCAUGCAGAGAUGUUGCUCCAUGCUGAGCACUAUCGCCAGAACUGCACCCAGCAACAGAGCGAUUCCCACAGUGAGGUCUUGCCCAUCAUGCUGCUUGGGCAGUUACUUUUGGGCAUUGGGGGUGUGCCAAUACAGCCCUUUGGCAUCUCUUACAUCGAUGACUACGCCAGCAAGAAGAACUCCCCAUUCUACCUGGGCAUACUCUUUGCAGUGACAGUGAUUGGGCCAGCUUUUGCAUUUAUGUUGGGGUCCUUAAUGCUGCAGUUUUAUGUGGACAUUGACAAGUUGUCCCUUGAUGAGAUUAAGAUGAAGAGCGAGGAUCCGAGGUGGGUGGGAGCAUGGUGGCUUGGUUUUCUGGUUGCUGCCUCCUUACUUGCACUCACGUCCCUGCCUUACUUCUUCUUCCCAAAAAAGAUGCCCAAAGAGGAAUUCAUGGAGCGUGGCAAGGAUUCAGAGCCAGAGAAGCUCAGUGAAGAAAAAAUGGAGGAACCAGACCCACUUCAGAGCCUUUCACUAAGAGAAUUCCUCAAAAGUUUUCCCAGCAUAGUCAUGAGAACGUUGAGGAAUCCAAUCUAUCUGUUGGUGGUCUUGGCUCAGGUCAACCUGGCAGCAAUGGUGGCUGGGUUAGCCACCUUCAUGGCCAAGUUCAUCGAGAGACAAUUCACAAAAACUGCAUCAUUUUCCAAUAUGAUGUUAGGUGGUGUGAACAUCCCGGUGGCCGUGCUGGGAAUCGUUGCCGGAGGAGUGGUUAUGAGGAGAUUCAGCAUGACCGUAAAGGCUUCGGCCCUCAUGAGCACCAUUGCAGUGUUCAUAUGUGUCCUCCUGGCCCUCCCUCUCCUCUUCCUAGGGUGCUCCACACAGACCAUCGCUGGCGUCUACCCCCUCAGACAAAAUGGUGAACUGGCAUGUAGCUUGAAGUGCUCUUGCCAGGAGGAGGAGUUCAACCCUGUGUGUGGGUCCAAUGGGGUUGAGUAUGUGUCACCCUGUCAUGCUGGCUGCAAGACAUUGAUUCCUGACAUCAGUAAUGAUGGUGUUCUGAACUACACAGACUGCAGCUGCACCGGUGUUCACGGCUCCUCUGGUUUUGCUGUCCCUGGGACGUGCGGCAGUGGAUGCUCACAUCUCCUGCUGCCCUUUAUGAUAUUCUCCGCGCUCACAGGCUUCGUCGCCUCGUUUGCGCACACCCCUUCCUUCAUGAUGAUAUUAAGGACAGUUAAACCUGAAGAUAAGUCAUUUGCCCUUGGAGUUCAGUUUAUGUUAUUCAGAGUACUUGCUUUCUUACCAGGCCCGGUUCUGUAUGGAAGCACUAUUGACACAACCUGCAUUCUGUGGGGAAGAAAGUGCAACAAGAGCACCUCAUGCCGUUACUACAAUUUGGAUCUUUUCCGACAAAGGUACCUGGGGCUUCAGGUGUUCUUCGAAUUUAGCGGCGUUGUGUGCUUCUUAAUGGUCUUCCUGAUCCUCAGAAAAAUUAAGAGAGAGCAAAAGGCCCAGCAGCAGGAUCAGACAGACGGGGAAAAAUGCACCGGAAACAAUCUCAUGCCUGCAAAACCAGCUGAGAAGUUACCACUGCAGAAAGUCUCGCUUUUAGAACAUGACUCUAAAACACCCAAUGCACUGUAGGAUGCCAUACGGAGGCACGGACCGAGGUGCAAAAUGGAUUUGUUGAGACUGUCUUCAGAAGAGGCAGCUGUUCAGUGUACUGUUAAAUACAGUUGACCCUCACACACCGCGGCUUCGGUUUUUCACGGGUCGGCAACAAACAAUUAAAUGGGAUUUUUUUGGGAGCUUUGAUGCCUUGUGCGGGAGACCGCGUAGCACUGCAGAUGG